AUGAGGGAGAAGAGAGCACACUGUCCGUGGGGCCGAUGCAUGGGAGACGGAUGUGGCCCAGGAGGCAUUCAGACCCGAGCUGUGUGGUGUGCACAUGUGGAAGGAUGGACAACGUUGCAUACAAACUGCAAGCCGGCCGAGAGACCCAGUAACCAGCAGAAUUGUUUCAAAGUCUGUGAUUGGCACAAAGAGUUGUACGACUGGAGGCUGGGACCGUGGAAUCAGUGUCAGCCGGUGAUUUCAAAAAGCCUGGAGAAACCCCUGGAGUGCGUUAAGGGAGAGGAAGGCAUUCAGGUGCGGGAGAUAACGUGCAUCGAAAAAGAGAAAGAUGUCCCUGCGGAGGAUAUCAUCUGUGAGUACUUCGAGCCCAAGCCGCUCCUGGAGCAGGCCUGCCUCAUCCCCUGCCGGCAGGACUGCAUCGUGUCCGAGUUUUCCGCCUGGUCUGAAUGCUCCAAGACGUGCGGCAGCGGGCUCCAGCACCGGACGCGUCACGUGGUGGCGCCCCCCCAGUUCGGUGGCUCGGGGUGCCCGAACCUGACGGAGUUUCAGGUGUGCCAGUCCGGCCCCUGCGAGGCCGAGGAGCGCAUGUACAGCUUGCAGGUGGGGCCCUGGAGCACGUGCUCGAUGCCCCACUCGAGACAAAUGAGACAGGCCAGGAGACGGGGGAAGAGUAAAGAGCGGGACAAGGACCGAGGGAAAGGGGUAAAGGAUCCAGAGGCCCGUGAACUGAUCAAGAAGAAGAGAAACAGAAACAGGCAGAACCGCCAAGAGAACAAAUACUGGGACAUCCAGAUUGGAUACCAGACCAGAGAGGUUAUGUGCGUGAACAAGACGGGGAAAGCUGCUGAUUUGAGCUUCUGCCAGCAAGAGAAGCUGCCAAUGACCUUCCAGGCCUGCGUGAUGACCAAGGAGUGCCAGGUGUCCGAGUGGUCAGAGUGGGGCCCCUGCUCAAAAACAUGCCAUGACACGGCAUCCCCUAAAGGCACCCGCGUGAGAACUCGGCUCAUCAGGCAGUUUCCUAUUGGCAGCGAGAAGAAGUGUCCAGAACUUGAGGAAAAAGAGCCCUGUGUGUCUCAAGGAGAUGGAGUUGCCCCCUGUGCCACAUACAGCUGGAAGACCACAGAGUGGACCGAGUGUCGGGUGGACCCUCUUCUCAGUCAGCAGGACAAGAGGCGAGGCAACCAGACUGCCCUCUGCGGAGGAGGGGUCCAGACCCGAGAGGUGUACUGCGUGCAGGCCAACGAGAACCUCCUCUCGCAAUUGAACACACACAAGGACAAAGAAGCCCCCAAACCAGUGGACUUGAAAUCAUGCACUGGCCCUGUCCCUAACACGACUCAGCUGUGCCACAUUCCCUGUCCUAUUGAAUGUGAGGUUUCACCUUGGACAGCUUGGGGACCUUGCACUUAUGAAAACUGUAAUGACCAGCAAGGCAAAAAAGGUUUCAAACUGAGGAAGCGGCGCAUCACCAAUGAGCCCACUGGAGGCUCUGGAGGCUCUGGGAACUGCCCUCACUUACUGGAAGCCAUUCCCUGUGAGGAGCCAUCCUGCUAUGACUGGAAAGCGGUGAGGCUCGGCGACUGUGAACCAGACAAUGGCAAGGAGUGCGGUCCAGGCACGCAAGUUCAAGAGGUCGUGUGCAUCAACAGUGACGGAGAAGAAGUUGACAGACAGCUGUGCAGAGACGCCAUCUUCCCCAUCCCCGUUGCCUGCGAUGUGCCCUGUCCCAAGGACUGUGUGCUCAGCAUGUGGUCAACGUGGUCCUCCUGCUCUCACACCUGCUCAGGAAAAACCACAGAAGGAAAACAGAUACGAGCACGGUCCAUCCUGGCCUAUGCAGGAGAGGAAGGUGGUGUUCAGUGCCCAAACAGCAGUGCUCUGCAAGAGGUACGCAGCUGUAAUGAGCAUCCCUGUACUGUGUACCACUGGCAAACUGGACCCUGGGGCCAGUGUAUCGAGGACACUUCAGUUUCAUCCUUCAACACAACUGCAACUUGGAAUGGGGAGGCCUCUUGCUCCGUUGGCAUGCAGACAAGAAAAGUCAUCUGUGUACGGGUCAAUGUUGGUCAAGUGGGACCCAAAAAGUGUCCUGAAAGCCUUCGACCUGAAACAGUACGACCCUGUCUGCUUCCUUGUAGGAAGGACUGUAUCGUGACACCAUAUAGCGACUGGACAUCAUGCCCUUCCUCCUGUAAAGAAGGGGACUCCGGAAUCAAGAAACAGACUCGGCACCGGGUCAUCAUUCAGCUGCCAGCCAAUGGAGGCAGGGACUGCACGGAUCCACUCUAUGAAGAAAAGGCCUGCGAGGCCCCUCAAGUGUGCCAAAGCUACAGGUGGAAGACUCACAAAUGGCGCAGGUGCCAGCUUGUCCCUUGGAGCGUGCAACAGGGCAGCCCUGGAGCGCAGGAGGGCUGUGGGCCUGGACGGCAGGCAAGAGCCAUUACUUGUCGAAAGCAAGAUGGAGGCCAGGCUGGCAUCCAUGAAUGCCUCCGGUAUGCAGGCCCUGUGCCAGCCCUCACCCAAGCCUGCCAGAUGCCUUGCCAAGAUGACUGUCAGCUCACCAGCUGGUCCAGGUUUUCUUCAUGCAAUGGAGACUGCGGCGCAGUUAGGACCAGAAAGCGUGCUAUCGUUGGAAAAAGUAAGAAGAAGGAAAAAUGUAAAAAUUCUCAUCUGUACCCCCUGAUUGAGACGCAGUACUGUCCCUGUGACAAGUAUAACGCACAGCCUGUGGGAAACUGGUCCGACUGCAUUUUGCCCGAGGGGAAGGCGGAAGUGUUGCUGGGAAUGAAGGUCCAAGGAGAUAUCAAGGAAUGUGGUCAAGGAUAUCGCUACCAGGCGAUGGCGUGCUAUGACCAGAAUGGCAGGCUGGUGGAGACGUCCAGGUGCAACAGCCACGGUUACAUUGAAGAGGCCUGCAUCAUCCCCUGCCCCUCAGACUGCAAGCUUAGUGAGUGGUCCAACUGGUCGCGCUGCAGCAAGUCCUGUGGGAGCGGUGUGAAGGUUCGCUCUAAAUGGCUGCGUGAAAAACCCUACAAUGGAGGGAGGCCAUGCCCCAAACUGGACCAUGUCAACCAGGCCCAGGUGUAUGAGGUCGUCCCUUGCCACAGUGACUGCAGCCAGUACGUAUGGGUCACAGAGCCGUGGAGCAUCUGCAAGGUGACCUUUGUGAACACGCGGGACAACUGCGGAGAGGGUGUGCAAACCCGAAAAGUGAGAUGCAUGCAGAACACAGCAGAUGGCCCCUCUGACCACGUAGAGGAUUACCUCUGUGACCCAGAAGAGAUGCCCCUGGGUUCUCGAGAGUGCAAACUGCCAUGUCCUGAGGAUUGUGUGGUAUCCGAAUGGGGUCCGUGGACCCGAUGCUCUUUGCCUUGCAAUCAAAGCAAUUUCCGGCAAAGGUCAGCUGAUCCCAUCAGACAACCAGCUGAGGAAGGAAGAGCCUGCCCUGAUGCUGUGGAGAAGGAACCCUGCAACCUGAACAAAAACUGCUUCCACUAUGAUUAUAAUGUAACAGACUGGAGCACGUGCCAGCUGAGCGAGAAGGCAGUAUGUGGGAAUGGCAUUAAAACAAGGAUGUUGGAUUGUGUUCGAAGUGACGGCAAGUCAGUUAACCUGAAAUACUGUGAAGAGCUUGGCUUGGAGAAAACCUGGCAGAUGAACACGUCCUGCAUGGUGGAAUGUCCUGUGAACUGUCAGCUUUCUGACUGGUCUCCGUGGUCAGAAUGUUCUCAAACGUGUGGCCUCACAGGAAAAAUGAUCCGAAGACGAACAGUGACCCAGCCCUUUCAGGGUGAUGGAAGACCAUGCCCUGCUUUGAUGGAACAGUCCAAGCCUUGCCCAGUGAAGCCUUGUUAUCAGUGGCGGUAUGGCCCAUGGUCUGCAUGCCAAGUGCAGGAUGCACAGUGUGGCGAAGGGACCAGAACAAGGAAUAUUUCUUGUGUAGUGAGUGAUGGGUCAGCUGACGAUUUCAGCAAAGUGGUGGAUGAAGAAUUCUGCACUGACAUUGAACCCACUAUAGAUGGUAAUAAAAAAGUGGUUCUCGAAGAAACCUGCACCCAGCCUUGCCCAGGUGACUGUUAUUUGAAAGACUGGUCUUCCUGGAGCCUAUGUCAGCUGACCUGUGUGAAUGGCGAGGACCUCGGUUUUGGUGGAAUACAAGUCCGUUCCAGAGCGGUGAUUAUACAAGAACUAGAAAACCAACAUCUGUGCCCAGAGCAGAAGCUGGAAACAAAAUCAUGUGAUGAUGGACACUGUUACGAGUAUAAAUGGAUGGCCAGUGCUUGGAAGGGCUCUUCCCGAACAGUCUGGUGUCAAAGAUCAGAUGGUGUCAAUGUAACAGGGGGCUGCUUGGUGGUGCGCCAGCCUGAUGCUGACAGGUCUUGUAACCCACCGUGUAGUCAACCCCACUCAUACUGUAGCGAGACAAGGACAUGCAGUUGUGAAGAAGGGUACACUGAAGUCAUGUCUUCCAAUGGUACACUUGAGCAGUGCACACUGAUCCCCGUGAUGGUGAUACCCACCGUGGAGGACAAAAGAGGAGACGUGAAAACCAGUCGGGCAGUGCAUCCAACCCAGCCCUCCAGUAACCCAGUGGGACGGGGAAGGACCUGGUUUCUGCAGCCAUUUGGGCCAGAUGGGAGACUGAAGACCUGGGUUUAUGGUGUAGCAGCUGGGGCAUUCGUGUUACUCAUCUUCAUUGUCUCCAUGAUCUAUCUAGCUUGCAAGAAGCCAAAGAAACCCCAAAGAAGGCAAAACAACCGGCUGAAACCUUUGACCUUAGCCUAUGAUGGAGAUGCUGACAUGUAA